AUGUUCAGUAUCAACUCGCCAUCCGAACCGAAGGCGUUGGGCGGGAACUUGGCUCGCCCUCGCCUUUGGCUUCGAACCGUUCCUGCGCUAGUCAGCGAACCUGUCCUCACUCGAAUCUGGCGUCGUGUUGCGUUCUUCACCGUCAUCGCAGUGAUCGUCGAAGAGGCACACCGUCAGGAGAUCAUUCCCGACAACGUUUCCUUUACGCCGCUGCCCUUCACACUGAUCGGACUCGCGCUGAGUAUCUUCCUCGGGUUCCGCAACAACACGAGCUACGACCGCUUCUGGGAAGGCCGAAAACUCUGGGGCCGACUCGUGAACACCUCGCGAAGUCUCACCCGUCAGAUCCUGACGUUGAUCGAACCCAACGGCGAUGAUCACAAACGCAACGUCUACACCCUGAUGGGUUACGUGCACGCGCUUCGGCUUCAUCUUCGUGCAGAAAAAAAACUCGAGGAGCUUCGCCCCUUCGUCGGAGACCGUAGCCUGACGACCCUGGCCGAUAUCCAAGGUGGCUGCGAACGCAUCCGCGCCACUCCGAUUCCGUUCGCGUACACCGUGUUGAUGCACCGCAUCGUCGGUCUCUAUUGUUUUGGACUCUCGGUCGGCAUCGUCGAACGCGUCGGCCCCGCCACGCCGCUGGUCGUUGCAUUGAUUUCGUACGCUUUCCUCGCGCUCGAUGCGAUUGGCGAAGAAAUCGAGAACCCCUUCGGAUUCGACGACAACGAUCUACCGCUCUCGCAGCUCUCGCGGAUGAUCGAAAUCAACCUGCGCGAACGUCUCGGCGAAGACGACCUGCCCGACCCCGUCACGCCCGUCGAGCACGUCCUCUCUUGA